AAUUGUGGUUAUGUUAAACAAUGUUAUGAAAUGUUAUUUACUGUAUAAUAAAAAUUAAAUGCAUUGGUUUUAUUAAAAAACGAAAAAACGUAUAAGUGCAUAAAUACAGGCACAUAUAAAUGGCGGAAAGAUGGAGUUCAGAAUAUACGGUUACCGAACAUCGAGAUUUACAAGCCAGUGCUAUGGCUGUAGAUAGCACUGGGACAUACGUCCUUUUAGCCGGUCGUAGGUAUUUAGCAAUAAAAAACUUAGAAGAUGAACAACCAGAUUCAUUACGAAAGUUUGCGAGGCCACAAAGUAACUACGAAGUCAGUGUUGCAGAAUGGAAUCCAAGUUUACAAAACAAAGAAAUAUGUGCAAUUGCGACGAAUCAGAAAAUUGAAUUAUUGACAUGGAAUACAUCAGACUUUUCAACUACGCACUCUGUUCGAUCACAUACUCGGGUCGUAAGCGAUUUAAAUUGGCAUCAUUUCGACAUAAACAUUUUCGCAUCGUGUUCCAUAGAUACAUUUAUACAUAUUUGGGAUAUUCGUGAUAUGCGUAGGCCAUCUUUAUCUUUGUCAGCAAUUGCUGGCGCUACGCAAGUCAGAUGGAAUCGUUUAAAUGAACAUUUGCUAGCUACAGCCCAUGAUGGUGAUAUUAAAUUAUGGGACCAACGUAAAGGUACAAUUCCUGUCCAAUAUAUUGCCGCCCAUUUGUCCAAAAUUCAUGGUUUGGAUUGGAGUCCACAGCAUGAAAAUCGUUUAGCCACUUCGAGUCAGGAUGGAACUGUUAAAUUUUUUAAUAUUUCAAACCCAAAGCGUGCUGAAUAUAUUUUAAAUACUGGAUCACCAGUUUGGAGAGCUCGUUUUACGCCUUUUGGUGAAGGUCUGGUGACUGUAGUUGUUCCACAAUUACGAAGAGGUUUCAAUCGAUUACUACUUUGGAAUACAGUAAAUCAAGCUGCACCAGUUCAUACAUUUGUCGGUCAUACUGAUGUCGUUUUAGAAUUUGAAUGGCGACCACAAAGAGAAAAUUCUACAGAUUAUCAAUUGGUUACUUGGUCAAAAGAUCAAAGUUUACGCGUAUGGCGAAUCGAUCAGUCGCUUCAAAAGUUGUGUGGACAUGAGCCAGAUGAAGAUGUAUCUGUUGAUCUCGAUGAUGGUGAUCAUCAAAGUUGUUUAUCAGAUGAAAUUCAACUUCAUAAAUUUGAUGAUGCCAUUUCAGAUAUCGAAAGUGAAAAAUCUGUACCGAGAGAGUCUGUAAACGGCAACAGCCUGAAACCUAAAUCUCUCCAACAGGAGUUUUCACUAAUUAAUGUUAACAUACCAAAUGUAGAAAUAGUAAAAAUGGAUGCGGAACGUCGAACGUGUACAGUAACAGCAUCGUCUAGUGGCCAAUUUAUAAUGAUGCAAGUCAAUUUUCCACCAAAAUAUCCGUUCAAUACCACACCAGUAUUUCAAUUUUGUGAAGGUACUACUAUUGACAAAACUGUUAUGUCCAAAUUAUUAAAGGAAUUAAAAAAAACCGCACAGCAAAGAGUUCGUAAAAAUCGAUCAUGUUUAGAACCUUGUUUACGGCAUUUAGUUACUACGUUAGAAAAGUUUUCGUUAAUAAAUGAAGAAAAUAUUGAUACAUCACAAGAUUAUUUAAAAAUGCAUCAACCAUUUUUAUCAACAACAUUAAAUAAUUCGUUCCAUGACGCGUAUAUUCCAUUUCCACGGACUUCAGGUGCUAAAUUUUGUUCAGUGAAUAUGCUUGUGUGUUUUGGAAGACCACCAAAUGCUAGAAGAUUGUCUGUUAAACCAGAAAGCUCAACACCACGUGCAAUGUCUGCAUUAGGAAAUCAAAGUUCUGUUCUUUAUCCAAUGACUGGUCGAACGGCAGCAGGAAAUAUGAGUAUAACUGCCUUUUAUUUCCAGGAUCGGGCUCCAUAUUAUCCAUCUAGAAAUUCUAGAACAACAAAGUUGAGAAGCAAACAUGUUCCUGGGAAACCGAUGGUUACAGUGUACGAUGUUUCAAAAUUAUUUUUUGUGAAUAGGACUUUAGGUGAACGGUAUGUUUUGGAUAACAACGAUCCAAUGUUAAUUUGUCAAAAAAAUGCAGUAAUUGCUGCUAGUGUUGGCCGCACUGAUUUAGUUCAAGCAUGGACUUUAGCAAGUAUUGCAGCUACAACCCUUGGAAAUCAAACUGUCGAUAGUAAAAAUUUGGAAGAAGAUGAUAUCACGUGGACAUCUCAUCCUUGUGGGAGAGCUUUAAUUGAAUCAUUAAUCAACGACUAUGCAAAAAAGUCUGAUAUUCAAAUGGCUGCAAUGUUAUCUUGUGUUUUUUCACGGCCCACGGGUACAUUUGAAGUACGAACACGACAUAAAUCCAGUCAUAGUCGUCUUGGCUCUGGAAAACGGUGGCUCAAGCCUGGUGGAUCACCAUAUCAUACUAUUCCACCGCCAGCCGAUGCCGUUGAUAUAUGGAGUUUUCCAAUUAGAAAACCAACUAGGUCAAAUUCAUUGGAUGACUUGAAAUUAAGCGAACAGCAAUUUCCAGUUGAAGAAAGUUCUGCAAACGAUUGCUAUAUUUUGGAUGAUAAAAAUACUGCUUUGUAUGAUAGUUACAAAAAAUUUUAUGCAGAAAUUUUAUAUCGAUGGAAUUUAUUAUAUGCUAGAUCUCAGGUAUUAAAAUUUUUAUCAACCACACCAGAAUCUCAUCGAGGUGUUGAAUUUUUAACAGACUGCCAUUAUUGUGAUCGACCAUCUCGCGGCCCUAAUUGUAAUAAAUGUCGUAAAAUGUCAUUUAGUUGUAUUGUAUGCCAUAUAUCUGUACGCGGUUCAUCAAACUUUUGUUUAAUUUGUGGUCAUGGUGGCCACACAAAACAUCUUUUGGAAUGGUUCCGUAUAUAUGAUGUAUGCCCUACAGGAUGUGGCUGUAAAUGUUUAACUGAUGGCGCCAAUGUAUUUUCAUAAUUUAUUUUUAAAUAUUGCUUGAAAUUAGUUCUGUUACUUACAAUUAGAAUGAUGCUGUUUAAUAAUAGUGCAUAAAACGUAAAAUAACCUUGAAAUUAUUUUUAAACAAUUUUUUGA